AUGGCCGCGGAGACAAUGCCACCCCAACCCCACGCCGUGUGCCUGCCGUACCCGGCGCAGGGCCACAUCGCCCCCAUGCUCAACGUCGCCAAGCUGCUUCACGCUCGCGGCUUCCACGUUACCUUCGUCAACUCCGAGUACAACCACGCCCGCCUCGUCCGGACGCGUGGCGCAGCCGCCAUGGCCGGCGCCGCGGGCUUCCGCUUCGCCACCAUCCCGGACGGCAUGCAGGCGCCGUCCAGCGGCGAAGAUGACGAUGUCACGCAGGACAUCCCGUCGCUAUGCAAGUCCACCACGGAGACCUGCCUCGGGCCCUUCCGCCGCCUCCUCGCCGAGCUCAACGCGGCGAGGGACCGCCCUCCCGUCACCUGCGUCGUCUCCGACCUCAUCAUGGGCUUCUCCAUGGACGCGGCCAAGGAGCUUGGCCUCCCCUACGUCCAGCUCUGGACGGCCAGCACCAUCAGCUACCUCGGGUACCGACAUUACCGCCUCCUCAUUGACCGCGGCAUCGCCCCACUUAAAGAUAUGAAACAGUUGACGGAUGGAUACCUUGACAUGCCGGUGGAAGACGUCCCGGGCCUGAGGAGCAUGAGGCUCAGGGACUUCCCGACCUUCAUACGCAGCACGGACCCAGAUGAGUUCAUGGUGCGUUACGCCAUCAAGGAGACAGAGCGCGCAGCCGGCGCAACGGCCGUGAUCCUCAACAGCUUCGGCGAUCUAGAGGGCGAGGCGGUGGAGGCCAUGGAACCGCUUCUCGGUGACGGCAACGGCAAGCCCAAGGUGUACACGGUCGGCCCGCUGAGUCUGCUCGCGCCGCGCUCCACGAGCAGUACCAUCAGUAGCCUCAGCCUGUGGAAGGAGCAGGAGGAGUGCCUCCAGUGGCUCCAAGGCAAGGAGCCCGCCUCCGUCGUGUACGUCAACUUCGGGAGCAUCGUCGUCAUGACCAGCGAGCAGCUGGUGGAGUUCGCGUGGGGGCUAGCCAACAGCGGCCAGCACUUCGUAUGGGUCAUUCGCCCCGACCUCGUGAGGGGCGACUCCGCGGUGCUUCCCCCGGAGUUCCUGACGGAGACGGCGGGGCGCAGGCUCAUGGCCUCCUGGUGCCCGCAGCAGGAGGUGCUGAACCAUCCGGCGGUGGGCGCGUUCCUGACGCACAGUGGCUGGAACUCGACACUGGAGAGCAUGUGCGGCGGCGUGCCCGUCAUCAGUUGGCCCUUCUUCGGCGACCAACAGACCAACUGCAGGUACCAGUGCAAAGAGUGGGGCGUCGGCAUGGAGAUCGACAACAACGUCCAGCGCGAUGCCGUCACGGGCCUCAUCGCGGAGCUCAUGGACGGGGAGAAGGGCAAGCAGAUGAGGAAGAGGGCGAUGGAGUGGCAGGAGAAGGCCAUCAUGGCGGCCAAGCCCGGCGGUUCGUCCCACCGCAAUUUCGACGAGUUGGUCCGGGAUGUACUCCUGCCCAAGAACGGCGACGACGCACACGGUGUCGCGCGGGAUUAA